AUAUCGGGAUUUAACAAGAUUGACAAGCGCGGAAAUCAUAACCGCAAACAGCAUGGACACAUGCAGAAAUCAUCCAAUUAUGGAAUCUACAAGGCCAGUAAUUUUUUAGGCCAACGCUGGGGAUCAAACUACAAAAAGAGAACUGCUCCAGCAAACAAACAGAGGAAGCAAUAGCUCCUACAGAACAUGCAGAUAGAAAUUGUGAUAGGGACUGUUCUUCAAAAGAUAAUGACCGACAGAGCGGAGGCGAUAUUAAUUGCGCCAAUAUGGCCGACCCAGCAUUGGUUCCCGCGCCUACUGCAAUUAAUAUGCAUGGACAGCUACCUGCUACCUCACAAUCACAAUCUUCUGUUAAUGCCGGGAAAGCCCCAAAAGCGCCACCCGCUGCGGAAAAUGAGACUUGGCGUCUUCCGUGUGUCAGGGAAUCUUUCCAAAGUAGAGGAUUAUCAAAUGAAACUCAGGCCAUUUUGCUAUCUUCCUGGCGAGAAUCAACUCAAAAACAGUAUAGGACGUAUAUCAAAAAAUGGGUGUCAUUUUGUAAUCAAAGAGAAAUUAAUAUUUUUGAAACAACUGUAAAUAAUGUUUUAUCCUUUUUAACAGAUUUGUUUAAUUCAGGAAUUGGUUAUAGUUGUUUAAAUAGCGCUAGAUGCGCAUUAUCUUCAUUCUUGCAAUUAAAUAAUGAAUUGAAUAUAGGCACUCACCCUUUAAUCCGCAGAUUUAUGAAAGGUGUAUUUGUGUUGAGACCCACAUUACCUAGAUAUAAUGUGACCUGGGAUGUGAAUGUUGUGUUGAAAUAUUUGAAAUCUUUAUCUCCAUUGUCUUCUUUGUCAUUGUUACAAUUAUCACAGAAAUUAUUGAUGUUAUUAGCACUAUUGUCAGGCCAACGUGGACAAACACUUCAUCUUAUUGAUGUAAGAAACAUUUACAUUACUGCAGAUUAUGUGAAAGUAACAAUUGGUGAUUUACUUAAAACUUCGAAUCCAAAAAGGCAUCUCGGAGAACUGAAUCUUUCCAGUUAUAGCAUAGACGCGGAUUUAUGUGUUGUCAUUACAAUGAAACAUUAUCUUGAGCGUACGGAACCUUUGCGGGCCUCAGUAACAACUCUGUUUAUUACAUCACAAAGGCCCCAUAAACCCGUGUCUAGAGACACCAUCGGCCGAUGGUUGAAAACUGUGUUGCAGAAUUCUGGUAUCGAUGUCAAGAUGUUCAAGCCUCACAGUACGAGAUCAGCGUCCGCCAGCACAGCAUGCGCGCUUAGAAUUCCAGUGGAUACAAUUAUCCGAACAGUUGGCUGGACAAAAGACUCUGUGUUCAGAAAGUAUUAUAACAAACCUGUUAGUUUAGAUGUAGAGAUGAGCAAAAGGCUCUUAGAUAACUGUAAAUGAAAGUCAUAUACUGUUGUAAAAAUGUUUUGAUCAUUGACUGUAUUCUCGAUAUAAACUAUCAGAAAUAGUAAAUAAUAGUUAGUGUUAUUUUCUGUAUAGUACCAACAAAAUUUGAAUUCUAUCUCUAAAGUCUCAUUUGAGACAGAGGCACCCUAGGGGAGAAGAAAUUAGAAAGUUAAACGAGACUUACCUGGAAGGUGAAGUUUGACUGUAAUUUCUUCGACCCAAUAGGGUGCCGAGGGAUCAAAU